AUGCGCUCUAUCAUUGUUUCCUCCGUCAUUCUUGCGGGGCUUGCUACUGUAGCUAAUGCAAGCCCAAUUAUGGACGUCACUUCGCAGUAUAGUGUUGAGUCCACAGUAGAUGCCGCCGGUGCUCCUCACUACUGGUACAGCAAAGAAGAGCCAGCCAAGCGCAAUGUCGACACUACCGAUGCUCCUCACUACCAGUACGGUACCGAAAAGGGCUCAGCGGCUUGA